AUGAACUUCGGCUACUCAUAUCGGCGGUACAGGGGCCGCCCCGUCUGGGAACGAAACCACCAGGAGGCAGAUCAGGAUCUCACCCAUGCCGAGAGUGUCGUCACUGCGCCCUACAACUCCUUCACGGGGGUCACCCUGCAAAAGGGUGCUGCCCUGGCGGCCGAAAUUGAAAACUAUCGGCGCCGUGUGCUCGCUUUGCUUACGUUUUUCGACUCAGUAGCUCCUCACUGGUGGGACCAGCUGCACCGUUUCAACGGGGAAAUGGUAAAACGACCCAGUAGGAGCGCUGAGCGCCUUGUCAAGGUGCAGGCCCGACUCAAAGCACGGCUUGCACGACUUACUACCAGGAUGGUAAUUCCAGCUGCCGCGGCGGUGGCCACCAUUGAGGAACGCGACACCAUUGCAGUUCUUCCAAGGAACCUUUUCCACUCGGCUACGAACCGCGAAAGACGAAGCCACAGGAUUGAGGGUUUCGAAAAUAAACAGGAGACAUUGAAGUUAGCAUAUUCUAUAGCCCGGCGACUGGGGGAGGUUGAACGGUCAAAACAGCAAGUUAUACUGCACGCAGCAGAUUGGAUCAACUCUGAUGGAAGGGACUUCGCUCUCAGGGCUCAUCGCCUUGCUCUACUUACUAAGAAUAUCAAACAUUGCCUCAUCGAGAAAUUCAGGGGAGUUCAAGCACUCAUAACCCAUUACUACCGUCGUAGGUCUUCCAACAAAUCUGAUGAUGACGCGAAAUCGCCGCCCCAUGAGGAACAAACUGACCCGAAAUCUCGUCUGAUGCACGCCUUCUGUGAAGUGACAGCGGCGAGCAUAAAUACCACAAACUCGGAAAUAGUCCGGAUAAUGGCCAACGCGGACCUAACUUUGGCCACAGAUCCAGCUUUCACUACGGAUUUCAUCAAGAACUAUGCCCCUAACGUGUUUCCCGCGACAAGCUAUUCUUUCUCCUCUGGCACCGCUGAGACCACCUCAAUCGAAAAGAAGGCGUCUUCGAAUGAGGACAGAAGAAGCAUCCAAGACGAAUUCGUUGAUGCUAUUUUACAGGACGGAGUGGUUAUUACUCAAGAGCCUACAUUUACGACCAUUUCACCGACUCCAUUGGAAGCAUCCAAGCAGGCCAUUCGAUGGCUGACAGGCGGCAAAAAGACACCAACCUUAAGCGGGAGUAAAGGCAAUAAGGCUGGUGAAAAACUAGAGGAGGAUGUCGAUGCCAUUGCCGUAGAAGACGAGGAAUUGUCCUUUUUAAGACGUGGCACCAGUUCCGAUGUCCAGCAAAUCCGCAACCACAAAAAUGUCCUCUCGGCAUUUGAGGCACUAAAGGAAGCCAAUUGGCAAAAGGCGAAGGAGGAAGAGAUGCAAGCGAAUCUCAUGCCUCUGCCGGUUAAACACAGUAGUAGUAGCACAGCCGCAGCGUCCACCUUACCUUACGUACCCUCUGCAAGUUACGAGGAGGUCUCAGGCCAAGUCCUUACAGCUGGGGACUCCACCCAGACUAUCGCGGUGCCCCAGUUAUCGCAAAAGCCUUCUAAAGGCGAUAAACCCACCCAGCUCAAAUCAGUAAACAAAUCAACUAAGCAAACCGGUGAAUCUUCGCAGCCCGCGUGGCAAUCCGGCGGUUCUAGGGUGAAGAAAGACGAGGGCAGCCCAUUGCCGAGUGAUUUGUCUGCUGAUAGGGGGUCGACGACAAACCUGCGUAGUUUUUUAAAACAAAAAAAGCCUAAUAUACAGAAACGGUCCCUCCACGAAAGGCAUGCAAUGUAA